AUGCCGGUGAAAAUUCGCAGGCCAGUGGGAGUACCUGUGCGACAGCCACAGCCGAUUAUUCCUAAGAUCAUACCAAUCAAGCAGCCAUAUUCGGUCAAAGUCCCUGAAGCGUGCCCAUGCCCAUGUGUGGAAAACGUGCCGCAACCCUGCCCGGUGCCUUCUCCCGUCAUCUGCCAACCUCAAGUUGCUGACUGCUGCUGCUGUGAUUGUGGAACAUCGGGCGGUUGUGGCGGUGGAACAACCUGUUGCUGCGACUGUUGUUGUUGCCCACCAACUUGCUGCUGCCCAUGCGUAAGUCACUAA